AUGGAUCCUGCAAGAGCAGAAGUUCCAACAUGUCCGUUCUGCACCUUUCCUGAACCUGAUGGUAAUUCUAAUAUGGACCAUUUUGAGGUAUAUCAUCCUGAGAUCGACAGACGGCUUGGUGUCAGCAGUGGUAAAAAGGCUAUACACUUGAACAACCUGAAGAUAUCUUCUGACUGCAGGCAACAUCUAUCCGCCAGCGAGGAGAACGAGCAUUUAGGAAAGUACACCCAUUGCCCACGUGGUUGUGGGGAGAUAGUAAUGGACGCUGAGCUUCCCACCCAUCUUGAAUUACACCAAGCAGAAGAAAUUACCCACGAGAGUACAACAUCUUCUCCGCCAGAGUUCUCCGGCUCGUUUACUGCUCAGAAGCAAAGCAGACCUGGCGAUUGCGAAGACCUGGACAAUGCCCAGUACUCACAUGGACUGUUUGUGAAGAGCCAACUAAAGAAAGAGAAACCCACUCAGGAAGCAGUGAGAGAAACAAGACCCCGUAGUCCUUCGAAUAUAACGCUUGCCGUGAAAAAGCUUGGAGUAUCCGACCCCUUCUCUGCGUUCUUUUCCCUGUAUCUUGCACAGUUUCUAGGUCGUGAGCCUGCUGAUAAAUGA